AUGCAUUCUUUGAGAACAAUCCCUGCGUGGAUAAAAGCAAAUGGAAAGAGAAUUAAGGUAAAUGCAGUAUUUGAUGAUGCUUCGAACGAAACCUUCCUAAACGAAGAAGUCGCCAGAUUUCUUGGAUUAAGCGGUAAAUGGCAAGAUGUGCAAGUCCAUAUGUUGAAUGAUGCAGUGGAGACCUUUAAAUCCAUACCUUUGAAAGUCGAGAUUGAGAGUACAGAUCGUCAGUUUUUGAGAUAA